AUGGAAAUUUCAAGCGCCAAGUACCGUGUAGGCAUGCCGCCGGUGCGGCCUCUGCCCUUGGAGAACACAUGCGAUGUGGCGGAUGUGUGCAGUCCCGAUGUACUUGACGAGUUGUACGAGAAGGUGGCCGAUAUUCUCCGUGCACACGACAUCGACCUAACAGAGCCUUCAAGCGUGGAUGACGAUUUCGAUGACGAUUUCGUUGUCUCGAGUGGUGCCUGGAGCUCAUCAUGCGAAGAUGAUAUAGAGCGCCCCAUCUCCCUGGUAUAUCGGGCAUAUCCCAACGUCCCUGAAUCUGCCCGGUUAACUUUGUUGGUCAUGGCCCGUUGGACAGACUCACCGGAAGCUUGGGAGCUCGCCGUCCAGGCCAUUAGGCCUCUGGUGCUCGAGCACCUACCUACACAGCAGGAGGUGGAUGUCGAGAUGAUCGAUGAGGGUCACUUCGUCUCACUAUCCCUUUCGCCAGUCGGCAACGACCCUGAAAUCGCUCGGAUCUGGGACGGAAUAUCGCGCGAGAUUGUGGAUGUUCUCCAAAACAACCCAGCGUCCCGAGGCACUCUGACCGCCGUCACGGUCUUCCGGGCGGGCAAAACAGAAUCCAGCGAGAAUCCUGUUACCGUGUACGUUGCGGUCAGUGAUGAUUGCGCCCAGGCUGAUUGGCCUCCUAUUAUCGCUGAUAUUAAGAGGAUCAUCGAACCCCACCACCUGGAAUUGAUCUUCGAGCACAGUUCCUGGGAGUCACUUGCGUGUUUCGAUUAG